AUGAACGCCGCAUUCACGCCCCGUCUCUCCACCUCGACCUCCACGACCGCCUCCUCCUCUACUGGCUAUGACGGUGCCGCUUCUGCCUCGUCCCCGCACGUCCAGAAAUACCGUCCUUACUUCUCUGCACGAGAGAUAGAGCGCUUGUCGGCCAAGCAGCGCGGGAAGCUGAGUGUGGCUAGGGAAGAGAGGGGACGGCAGCAGGCGUGUGGAUUUAUCGAUGCGGUCGGCGUACGAUGUGGAUUUCCGAGAGGCACGAUCGCUACAGCCCAGAUGCUAUAUAUACGGUUCCACCUGUACUUUCCAUACAAAGACCACAACUACAUGCUAACAACCCGGGACGUCUCCCUCGCAACCCUUUACGUCUCUUCCAAGCUGCACGACACCCUCAAAAAGCCACGGGACAUUAUCCUCGCCUCGUAUCCCCUCCGGUACCCGCACCUCAUCGCACAACGCAAAGGCGGCGUCCUUGAUCCUGCCCUCGUGGACGUGGCCGCGCUCGAAGCGGAGCGCGGGAGGGUAUUGGGGAUUGAGCGGCUGGUGUUGGAGAGUGUGUGCUUCCGGUUUGCGGUCGGUGGUGGGUUGGGGUGGGUCGUUAAGAUUGCGAAGCGGCUGAAGAUGAGCAAGGAGACGACGAUGGCUGCCUGGCGGACAGCAGUGGACUGUUACAGAACGCCCGUCUCCCUCUCCUACCCGGCCCAUACGAUAGCUCUCGGCUCGAUAUACGCCUGCGCCCUACUCACACUCGCCGAGCCCAGACCGCACGACCAGGAGGAGUUGCCAUCCGCUUCAGGCGCAACACCUGACAAUUCGCCAGAUCAGACCUGGCGCCGCCUCGCAGCGAUUAUGGGUACGGCAGGAUCCUGGGAGCAGGAUAUGCAUGCCUCGGCUGCCGAGGUGAACGCUAUCGCCCAAUCCACGCUCGACCUGCACAUAACCAUCCUCUCCACGCCGCCCUCGGAUCCGCAACACGCCCUGACCCCCUCGCCUACCUCCCCGAGAGACGCCCCCAGUGCCCCUUCCGAUCCCUCCGCGUCCACAUCAGCAUCAGCGGCCAUCCGGAGCAGUAUCGCCAAUACUGCGUUCCGGCUCCCCGCGUACUGGACAGUGCAGACACUGACGGAGAUGAAGGUGUAUCUGCGGGAGAGGGCCCCGGUAGGGCCGGGGGACGGGGAUGGGAUGGAGGUGGAUGGAGCGCCAGAGUGGGGGGAUGAAGGGGGCGAGAUGGGCGUGAUUGAGGCGCAGGAGAAGGAGGAGGAGAGGAAGAGACGGAGAGGGAUGAAUGAGGGGACGACGAGGUUUGUAUGGGAUCAUGGGGUCGCAGUGUAG